UUUUGCCUACAAAUUUUAAAUUAAUUUCAACUUUGAAAACUUUUAUCCAUAAUCAAUGACAACACAUGGAAAGCAACCAAAUGUUGGCGGCAAGGAGAGAACGGGGACAUCUCCCACUGUUCCUCGUCGCGUUGUCUCCGCCGCCGCACAACCCAAAACAAAUGUCAAGCCUUCUUCUUCCACCGUCUCGCGAAAUCUAAAGCCAACCGAAAAGUCGCCGGCUCUAAACCGAGGAAGAUCGUUCGACAACAAGUCCACCCCUUCUAAUGCUUCGCUCCAAAAGAGUCACAGCACGAUCGGGCGAACAACAAAGACCUCGCCCGUUCCCAAACCCCUUCUCAAAUCAUCACAAAAGACAGAUGUCGUGGGCCGUUCGGUGAGACCGGGAAUCGGAACAGGCCUCAAUAAGAAGGUAGCUACUAAUAGUAGUAUUGUUUCUAAUAGAAAGGUAAAACCUUUGGAUGUCGUGAAAGCUCCUGUUGUUGCUGAAGAAAAGAAUCAUGACGACGAGAUCAAUGGGGAAGAGGAGGUGGUUGUGGAGGAAAAUAACGAGGGAUUAAUCGCGAUUGUUGAUUCUGAUCGUGAAGAUGAUGAACAGCAACAACACGAGGAUGAAGAAGAAGAAGAGGAAGUAAUAGAUGAUGAAACCAGUACAACUCCUGUUCAAAUGGGUGAAGAAAAGGAAGAACAAAUCAACAUUGAAGAGCAAAGUGAGAGCAAAAUUGAAACCAGUACUGAUCAUGAUGAUCUUCCAAUGGAUGAGGGUCAGGAGCAAAUCAGCAACAUUCAAGAACAGAGCGAAAGCAACAUUGAAACAGGCGAUCAUCUACUUCCAAUUGGUGAGGAAGAACAAAUCAACAUUGAAAAGCAGAGCGAGAACGAAACUGAAACUGAAACCAAUGUGGUUCCUCCUCCAAUGGUUGAAGAAGAAGAAAUCAAAAUUGAUGAUCCUAAUCAUGAAGAUCAAGAAAAGGAAAAGGAAGGUGAAAUUGAAAAUGAAAGAGAUAUAAAUCCAGAGGAAACUAAGCAAGAAGAGGAGGAGAAACAGAAACAAGAAGCAGCAGAGCAAGUAAAGGAAGAAAGCCCUCCUCAAGAAGGAGGAGGAGAGAAAUUCUUGAAGGCAUCAGAAAUAAGGAAAUUAAUGGAAGCUCAAUCAAGCGGAAAGGAUCUGACAUCAUCAGCAACUUCUUCACCACGACAGCUGGUUCGUGGCAGCAGCGGCAUUAACCGCGGUUCCUUCAAUAAGAAGGAAUCGCCCGUGGCGGGAGCAGGUCCAGCUCCGGCUGCAUACAACGAAGUGAUCGAGGAGACGGCAAGCAAGCUACUAGCAGAAAAGAGGAGGAACAAGGUGUUGGCAUUGGCAGGGGCUUUUGAAACUGUCAUAUCUCUUCAACAAGACUAAGAGAAGCUGUUGAUUAUAAUUCAUUUUUUUUGUAAUUUAUUUAUACAUAGUUUUCUGUACAAAAAGCAAUUUGUAAAGAAUAUAAGGCUAAUUUGAAUCAAACCAUUUAGUAAAAAACCUAAUUCACUGUAAAUAUUUAUAUAUGUACACAUAUUAUUCAGAGUAUAUGUUUU